UUAUUUGCUUCUUCACUUGCGCGUUCACUUAACAAUUUCUUUAAUUCUUGCUUACGAUCAAGUUCUCUCUUACGAUCAAUAUAUACAUAUCACAAUGCAUUCUUCUAUUCUUGCUGCUAUUCUUCCCCUUUCUCUCCUAAGUUUUACUGUUGAAAGUCGAAAACUCCACCGCGCAGAUAAUGAAUCUAGCACCAAUGGCACCCAAGGAGUAGUUCUGAUCGCUGGAUGGCAUGGUUACGAAAAGUAUAGACAUCAGAAUUCAGCUCCAAUGCCGGAUGCAAAAAGAGAGGGUGCACAAGCAGUUGCCAUGAGAAUAUCGGGAGAUAAAGCAACCUUCUACAAUUGCAAAUUUAUAGGCUAUCAGGAUACAUUAUGUGAUGAUAAAGGCAAACAUUUAUUCAAGGACUGCUAUAUCUCCGGCACGGUUGAUUUCAUUUUUGGAAAUGGCCAAUCCAUGUAUUUGAACACUACUUUAAGAUCAGUUUCAAAUAAAACUGGAGUCAUCACAGCACAAGCUAGAAGUAACGAGAAUGAAAAAAGUGGAUUUGUUUUUGUUUAUUGCAAUGUAACUGGCACUAAUGAAACUAAACUUGGUCGCCCGUGGAAAGAGAAAGCUAGGGUGAUUUUCGCUCACACAUAUAUGGAUGCUGUUGUUAACAAGGAAGGAUGGUCUGACGGCAUGAGGGGGGGCGAACACAAGUCUCCUUAUUUUGGAGAAUACAAGUGUUGGGGACCUGGAGCUAAUUUAACUGGCCGAGCCAAAUUCGUAAAAAAUCUAACUGAUGAAGAAGCACGUCCAUUUUUGAGCAUGGCGUUCAUUGAUGGAGACAAUUGGAUUGUUCCACCUCCUAAGCUGCCCUAAACCAAAUAAUCAGUAAAAUCAUCACUAAUGUAUCGAUGAUUGUAAUAAUUAUUUGACAAAAUUUUAAGUGCCCUAAAACUUUUGUAUAACAAUAGAUUUGUUUUUGAGUGACAAGAAACUUGUAUAGCUAUAAAUUUGCUCAGUUCCUCUCCUCAGUUAAAGACAAAAACUAAGCAUGCGUUAUGUUUAUAA